AAAUAUCGAUUCGAUAUCUUUAGAAGAAGAUGCAGCCAUUGUUAUCUACAAACAAUGCCAUUCACUUGUAAUUUAUCAACGUUCAAGUUUUUAAACUAUUUUCCAUUAUUCUUCUAAUAUUGAAUUUUUCGAAAGAUACGUGCGCAAUUUUACGUAAUUUUACAACACUUAGAAAAACAAAAACGUGAUAAAAAAAAAAAGACACGCUAAUUAAUACAAAUCGUCAUUGGAAAAGAUAAUACGUUUCGAAAAACAUUAGGCCAGAUUUAAAUUGGACCUCGAGUCGAUAAAAAAUUAAUUGGAAUUAUUAAAAUAACCAAUUACUUAAUUUGUACAUCUCUAUAAAAAUUAUCCUCCCAACUCGAUCGAAAAAGAAAAAAGAAAAGAGAGAAGGAUUAAAAAAUUAGCGGUGGUUCGUCCGUUUCAAUUUUUGGCGAUAAUUCGAUAAGUGGAAUCGCGUCGGGAGAUGGAGAGGGGAGAAGGAAAGAAGCGGAAAGGAAAGCAAAAAAAACGAGAGCGAGCGAGAGAGCGAGAGAGAGAGAGAGAGAGAGAGGAAGAAAAAAUGGGGCGGUUGCCGCGUCUGAAGCGCGGCAGGAACGCGGCGCCUCGUGUUCUUCCUCCCGUCUCUCCUCUCCCCGGCCGCGGGACGAGAGCCCCCAGCGAACAAGAAGGACGAAGGAAGGCGAGGGGCGUGUCCGGCCGCGCGGCUUCUACAAAGAGAUGCCCACUUCCCUGUCGACCCCUUCCACGCUCCUCCGCGGGGAUCCCUUCCACGUGGGCCCCGGGAGUCCUCCGUUCCCCACCAUAGGGCCCUAAGAAAAGCGGGCAGCAUGGUCCAGACCACGAGAUCCCCGGUUACUAAAGUCAGUUUACGCAACGCUUCCGUACGCGAACCAUAUAACGCCAUAUAAUCCAUUCGCGAUCCUCGUUUCCCCCUACAACGAACAUGAUAUCUCCUCGUUUCCAAAUUUUCAACCUCCUCUAAGUUUUUCCUUAUCCCUUCCCUUUUUUUUUUAUUUGUCAUUUUCCCGCAAUUCGACGAAAUGACGGAAUUCGUUUAAUCAAGGGACUAUUCCUCUUCCUCCUCCUCGAGGGAGAGAGAGAGAAAGAGAGAAAAACAGUAGAAGUGUUUUUUAUUAUGCGUUGAGUAUCGUAUAUAUAUAUAUAUAUCGUGUAUAUAUAUAUACAUACGUAGAGAAGAGCGAGAGCGAGAGAGAGAAAGAGAGCGAGCGAGCGAGAGAGAGAAAGAGCAAGAGCGAGAGACGUCUUUCACGAGAAUGACAACUUACGCCAGCUUCCAGCAAUACGAGGUGUUGGAUUCGGAGGGUUACGGGUCGGCGAGUAGCCCGGAAUCGAAUCCGCGUAGCUGGGCCCAGCAGGAGAUAUACCCUCAACCACCGAGAUCUAGGGGUAGCAGUUGCGGGAGCGUGAGCUCGGUCGAUUGUCAGAAUCGCGAGUACCAGGAGAUCGGCGCGACGAACGCCACUUACCGCUUGGCCGCCACCCCCGCCCCCUUCAACCUCGAGACCGAGUUCUACGAGUCGUCCUACUAUCAACAACAAGCUUGCCGGAACGAGCAUCAUCAUCAUCGCCAUCAUCAUAGUAACAACAAUAAUAAUCAUCAUCACCAUCAUCAUCAUCAUCAUCAUCAUCAUCAUCAUCGUGACCACGAAAUCGGCCUCCACUCCUCGAGGACGAUGAGGGAGAAGUGCGCGAACGUUUACGACGGGUGUGUGACCGUGGCCCGUGCCGAUUUCUCAGCCGCCGGUCAAGAUGGUAAACAGAACGUGCCGCCAAAAAUGGACCAGCAACAACAUCAUCAUCAUCAGCGCAACGCGGAUACGUUGGGGAACGACAGGUGCGAUUUCGUCGGGCAGAGCGAGGAGCAGAGCUUCUUCGGGAUCCCGAAAGGUGAUGGUUUUUUGGCUAGGAAUAAUAGCGGGGAGAACUGUUACGGGCAAAGGGGCGACGUAGUUUAUUUGGGUGGCACGUACGCGUCCCAUGCACAGAGGAACGAGGGCUACGUUGUCGAGCAGGGCGAGGGGGAGGGCGGGAAGCGCGACACGGCCAGGUACCAGGGGAAGAUCGAGUACGCGUCCGGUGAAAAGACGAGGGAGAGCGUGCAUCACAACAGGAUGAAAAACGGGACGACGCCUGGUAUAGAGGUGUUGAGGAAGAGGCGGUUGGCCGCGAACGCGCGGGAAAGAAGAAGGAUGAACAGUCUGAACGACGCGUUCGACAGGCUGAGGGACGUGGUACCUAGUUUGGGCAACGACAGAAAGUUGAGCAAGUUCGAGACUCUGCAAAUGGCGCAGACUUAUAUCGCGGCGUUGUACGAGUUGCUGCAAAGAGAGUGAACGAAUUUUGCGAGAACGUGCGACUGAAUCGUCCUACUCGAUAAAUUUGCUCGAUCGAACUUACAAGUGGAUAAUUCACGUUGGACCGAUUGAAGAGGAACGAUGUAGCGACGCUUGAUCGACGUUGAAAGGUAACGUGACGAAACGUUGAGGGGAAAGGUUCGAAAAUCGACGAGGAUCGGUCUCGUUCCCACCCGAUAGUUUAAUUAGCGAUAAUUGGUGCGCGCGAACACGUCGCUAAUGCUUUUCCCUCCGCGCGGCCUUGUUGCCGGAUUCCAGGAUAUUUUUUCAUAGAUCGAGUCGCGAUUGCGAUACGCGAAACGAGCCUCGAUGUAGUUUCAGUGUUCUCCAACCUUUUCCCAAUCUGAACGCUCUCUUUCGCUGUGUAAAGCGAUAAAAAAUGAAAAAAAUCGAAAUUGAACGAACAUCUCGCGAUCAACAGGUUGGGGAUCGCUGCUUUGAACGAAUAUAUAAAACGUAUAUGCGUGGCUAUCGCGUGUUUUAGUCGUAGGAUUCGUGUAAAUAUUUCAUUAGACGCGAUUAAGUUAUUGUGACGUUGUUUAGGUAAUUGUGUACAUAUAUAUAUAUACAUAUAAAAAAAUAGGGGAUCUCUCGAACACGAUAAUCGAUCCGUGCGACAGCGAAAAAAACGGCAGAGAGAAGAAUUAUGUUUCUCGUCUUUGGCUCGAGAAAAAACAACUUCGCGAUGUCUCUAUGUGAAAUACGCGACGGAUAUACUUUCUUUUCUUUUCUCUUCUUGGUGGGAUGAUUUUGAUUUUAUUUCCGAUUAAAAGAAUCGAUCGAAUAAUUUUCGCGAAAGGAAAUUUACCGUGAUGAUAAAUAAUAACACGAGGAUCUCGUCCAUUACUUUUUGAGAUGAACCAAAGAAUCCGUUAACAGGUUAAGGAAAAAAAACAAUGCGUCGCAGACAAUUAUUUUUCCAAUCACGUUACUGGCCGGUUCGAAUCGUACAAGAUGUUGAUAUAUUCUCGUGAUACAUUCUCUUUUAGAGGAUCGAUUCGAGAUGCGAAAACAAUCAACGAUCAUCCUUCGAAAACGGAUAUAUAUCCCCCCACGAACGUGUUGACAUCCGAUAAUAAAGAAUAGAGCGGAAGACAAAAGCGAAAGAGGACAGGUUGUUUGGAUGGUUUCCCGCGAUGUUUCUCCCGCAAUUAGGGAUAUGCAAAAAUGAGAGGACAAAUGGCGGUGGUCGGCCACCUCCACUUAGCAGUCAAUCACAAUUAAAUACAAUUUUGCGCGAGCUUCGGCCCCUGGUAAUGGCGCAAAAAGAGAGCAAAUUGAAAUCUCCUAGCUGACAGAAUGAUAGAUGGUGGCGCGCAGACGCGAAAACACGGGGGACGGAGAAAAAGAGGGAUAGAGAUGGAACG